AGAAUAUUCUACACAGCAUCCAGUCUUCAGAGUCCAUAGGAAUCGCAGAUCUUUCAUUGCAUCCUACAAGACAAGAGAUUGUUACACUCUGUUCUGUACAAGAAUAUUCUACACGGCAUCCAGUCUUCAGAGUCCAUAGGAAUCACAGAUCUUUCAUUGCAUCCUACAAGACAAGAGAUUGUUACACUCUGUUCUGUACAGUUAUUUAUGUUUUAAGAAAUCCAAAAGAUGUUGCGGUAUCUUUUUAUCACUUUUACAAAAUUUCUGUCAAGCUACAGCAUCUACCAAUAACUUGGGAAGUCUUCUUUGAGAUGUAUAUGUCAGGAAAAGUAACUGUUGGCUCGUGGUUUGAUCAUGCCAGGGACUGGUACACCCACAAGGAGGAAUUUAACUGUCUCUUUUUAUCAUAUGAGGACAUGAUUAAGGAUCUACGAUCUGAAGUUCUGAAAAUAUGCCAGUUUCUGGAUGUGAAGCUUGAUGACCAAGCAGUAAACAGAAUUGUGGAGAAAGCAACAUUUAAAAACAUGAAAGAAGAUCCAUUAGCUAAUUAUAAAUUUCUUCCAGAGGAUAUGCUAGACCAAAGUAAAGGAGGCAUGCUCCGCAAAGGUAUUAUUGGGGACUGGAAAAAUUUGAUGACUGUGGCACAAAGUGAGAGAAUUGAUGAGCUACUUAAAGACAAGUUGGGGGAUCUGCCAAUCACAUUUAUCUGGGACAUCAAUGAGGAAACGGAAUCCUAACCAGAUUCAGGAUGACAAAUGACAAUUAUAAUCAUGAUCUAGUUAUCGCAUUAUUGGAUAACAAAUUAAAUAAAUGUGAAUAAAUAACCAUAUUUUACUCAUUUUCUUUUGUUGCAAUAUUAAAUUGAAAUUAAAAACAGAUUCUAAAAAAUUAUAUUGCAAACAAAAGUGUGUACUUCAUUUCAUAUUAUACUGUUGAUUUUACUGCACAAAACACAUAUCAUAUAUAGAACUGAUGGUACUUUGUUAUUAAAUGGAUCUUUUAUUGCUGUUA